UGUAUUUACAUAAAUACAUUAUAUUGAACACAUUAUAAGACAUUAUCUUAAUAACACAUAAAAGUGAAUAACGAAUAUGAUUAUAGUAAAGAAAAUCAUCAGAGAUAUUUUAAACAAUAAACCAUACAGAAACUUGACACAUUUGCGGAACUUUUGUGCUGUUAAAGAUCAAUCCCUUGAGAGUAAUCCACAGCCAGAACAAGACAAUGACGAAUCGAAACGAAAUACACUUUUGAAGGAAUUCGAAAAUGAACUACCACGGCGUCCAGGCGUUGAUCCGAAAGAUACAUCCAUUAUAUUAUUUCCUGGUCAAGGUACACAAUAUGUUGGCAUGGGUAAAGAAUUACUACGCUUUCCACGUGCACUCUCUCUUUUCAAAUUUGCAAAUGAGAUAUUGAAAUAUGAUUUGUUAAAAAUAUGUCUGGAAGGGCCAGUUGAAAAAUUAAAUCGUACAGAAUAUGCACAGUUAGCCGUUAUGGUUUCAUCAUUAGCAGCACUUGAACAACUUCGUGAAGAAAGGCCGCGUGCUAUAGAAAACUGUGUAGCUACCGCGGGCUUCAGUCUUGGGGAAAUCACAGCCCUAGUGUUUGCUGGUGCUUUACAGUUUGACAAAGCGUUAAAACUUGUACAAGUACGUGCUAAUGCAAUGCAAGCAGCAUGUGAUAAAGCAUCCGGAGCAAUGGCAAUGGUACUCUACGCCCCAGAUGCACAGCUGGGAAAGGCAUGCCUUCAAGCCAAACAAUGGUGCAUUGACCGUGGUGUAGAAUCACCUUAUUGUGGCAUCGCAAAUUACAUGUAUCCUCAGUGUAAAAUUAUAGCAGGAAAUACAGAAGCAGUGGAAUUUCUUGAAAAAAAUGCCAAAGCACUUAAAAUUAAGCGCAUGAGAAGAUUGCCAGUGAGUGGAGCUUUUCACACACCCCUUAUGGAAUCUGCUGUAGAACCAUUCGCAAAAGCACUUAAAAGUAUGUAUAUUGAAGAACCCGCCGUACGUGUGUAUUCAAACAUUGAUGGUAAACCUUAUAAAAACCACACACAUAUAUUAAAAUUAUUACCAAAACAGAUUGUUAAGCCAGUCAAAUGGGAACAGACACUUCUUUAUUUGUAUGACCGCAAACUGGGUACAAAUUUCCCACGAACAUUUGAAUGCGGCCCUGGCAAAGGACUAGUACAAGUGUUAGAGAAAGUUAAUGCUAAAGCGGCUGCAACAGCAUUUAAUAUACCUGCGUAGCCACGUUUAAAUUCUCUUAACAUUUAAUCAAUUUUGUUUUCCACUUUCAGUUCUCUAAUAAACAAACUUAUUGGUACGCUUAAUGU